AACCGGAAGUGGAGGCCGGGUUUCCCAUGAGGCUGCGCGGGGCGCCUAUUCAAACCGCACGGAGAGUGGGGAGGAGGUCAUGAUGGCGGCCCCAGAGCCGGAAGUGCAGGCCCCGGCCGCAGUCUCUGAUUUGGAGUGGUGUGAGAAGUCGGAGGAAAUCCACGACCCCCAGAUAGAACUUGAGACCACCUCCCCCCAGGAACCUCCCAACCCUUCGGAGCCCCUUCGCCCCAGAGUCUGCGUGGUGCCAGUGGUGUUUCCCGGGCCUGUCAGCCAGGAAGGGUGCUGUCGGUUUACUUGUGAACUUCUGAAGCAUAUCAUGUACCAACGCCAGCAACUCCCUCUGCCCUACGAACAGCUUAAGCACUUCUACCGAAAACCUCCCCAGGCAGAGGAAGUGGUGAAGAAGAAACCUCGGGCCACUGCCGAGGUGAGCAGCAGGAAAUGCCAACAAACCCUGGCAGAACUGGAGAGCGUCCUCAGCCACCUGGAGGGUCUCUUUGCCAGGACACUAGUACCACGAGUGCUGAUCCUCCUUGGGGGCAAUGCCCUCAGUCCCAAGGAGUUCUAUGAACUUGACUUGUCCCGCUUGGUCCCCAACAGCAUGGACCCGAGCCUGAGCACAGCAGCUUGUUUGCGCCGCCUCUUCCGAGCCAUUUUCAUGGCUGAUGCCUUCAGUGAGCUGCAGGUUCCUCCACUCAUGGGCACCAUUGUCAUGGCACAGGGUCACCGCGACUGUGGAGAAGACUGGUUUCGACCCAAGCUCAACUAUAGAGUGCCCAGCCGGGGCCACAAAUUGACUGUGACCCUGUCCUGUGGCCGACCCGCCAUCCCAGCUACAGCCUGGGAGGAUUACAUUUGGUUCCAGGCACCAGUGACACUGAAGGGCUUCCACGAGUGA